CGGCACACGGCUUAUGGUGUCCUGUCGGAAACUUACUGUCUACGUCUUUGGUUUAUGGUUGUAUCGCCGUUUUACCCUUUUGAAUGUCAGUAAACCUGUUGACAACGCCCAUCGGUCUUCAGAGUGGUGAUAUGAGAAAGGUGUUCACGCCCUUGCAUCAGACAUGCACCCGUAACGGCACAGUAAAACGGCGAUACAACCACACGAACCAAGAUAAUGCAGUCAUCGCACGCUAGAGUGAAGCUGACCACUACUACGCCUUGGAGCAACAUGGCAUACAGCAGUGAGCCAGCAGUCGUCUAAUCAACUCCAACAUGUCCAGCAAGGCGUCAUCCCUCAAGAUCCGGUCCGAAGCUUCGUGUGCCUCCUCUACAGGUUCUGCAGCAGCCAAAGCCAGAGCAAAAGCUGAGGCAGCCAAGGCACGUCUCAGCUUCGCAGCCAAAGAAAUGGAUUUGAAGGUAGAAAAAGCACAAAUAGAAGUAGCAAAAGCUAAAGUCGAGGCAUCCAUCGAAUAUUUACAGCAUGAAAAAGAUGUAGCCUCAGCCAUUGCGGAAGCAGAGUCAUUAGAAGCAGCUGCUGCCACACAGACAGAAACGCGCAGCAACAUCUGUCCCUCAGUAACAGCAGAACGAACUAAACAGUAUGUCAUUGGCCAAUCUACAUUUGUGAGAAAAGAAAAUGAUGCUGCUCUUCAACAAUCACAAAAUGAAAAUGUAACACAAAGUAAACCAGAGCUCAUCUGUGAUCAGCCACCAAGCCCUAAAAAAGAAAAUGACCCACAAAAAAUUCCAAUUGGUCUAACAGAUGAUCCUGACUGUUGCCAAAAAACUCCAGUCAUUUCCCCUUCUCCCCAUGCUAAUAAAAAGUACAGUACCAAUUGGUCAAAUCAGGUGUCAGCAUCUAGCUUCCAUGAUGCUAGGCCUUUAUACAAAGAGCCCAGAGAAUCAAAUGUGAGUGACUUCAUCAGAUACUUUGCUCGUCGUGAAAUAGUGGCAACAGGGCUGCUCCAGUUUAAUGACAAGCCCCAAAACUUCAGAGCUUGGAAACGCUCAUUUGAAAAUGCUAUAAGCGGGUUAUAUCUAACGGCAAGUGAAGAAAUGGACUUGAUGUUAAAAUGGCUUGGCAAGGAAUCGGCUGAACAUGCAGAACAACUCAGAGCCAUACACAUCAACAACCCAGUCAAUGGCCUCAACAUGAUAUGGGACAGACUUGAACAAUGUUAUGGCUCAGCUGAAGUGAUCGAGGAUGCACUAUUUAAAAGAAUUGAUGCAUUCCCAAAAAUCUCAUCCAAAGACUUUGCAAAACUGAGAAAAUUUAGUGACCUGCUCAUGGAAGUGCAGUGUGCUAAAGCUGAAGGAGACCUCCCUGGUCUCACGUUCCUAGAUACAGCAAGAGGAGUAAAUCCAAUCGUCCAAAAACUUCCCUUCUACCUGCAAGACAGGUGGAUUACGGUAGGAGCCAUCUACAAACGCACAAAAUGUGUCUCCUUCCCACCAUUUAGUGUUUUAGUAGACUUUGUUGCACAAGAAGCUGAUGCUAGAAACGACCCCAGCUUUAACCUCACACCAUCACCUGAUGCACCCAGACCAGACAAACUAUCUUGGAGGGCAAACAGACAAAAAGAGAUUUCUGUGCACAAAACUGAUGUCAUCUCUCGCACUAGUUCAGACACACAGAGGUCCCCAAACAAAACUGUACAUGGUGAAAAGCUUUGUCCAAUUCACAAGAAAGCUCAUCCUCUCGCAGUGUGCAGAGCAUUUCGCAUGAAAACACUGUUAGAUAGGAAAACGUUCUUAAAAGAAAAUGACCUUUGCUUCAGGUGCUGUGCCUCAUCUUCACACAUAGCAAAGAACUGUAAAGCCAAGGUACAGUGUUCCGAGUGCAACGAUGAGAAGCACUGCACAGCUCUCCACCCAGGACCAGCUCCCUGGCUAAAAGAAACCGAACCAGCAGCAGAGCAUGGCGGGGAGCCUGACACCAUUGAAUCAGAGGAGAUCACUUCUAAAUGCACUCAGGUUUGUGGUGUGAAUGAAGCAGGCACUUCAUGUUCUAAAAUCUGUCUCGUUAAUGUCUACCCAGUAGGCCACCCACAUCAAGCAGUAAGGCUUCAUGCUAUCCAUGAUGAACAAAGUAACAGAUCACUAGUACGUCCGGAGUUCUUCGAGUUGUUUAAUGACUGCGGCCCUAGUUCCCCUUACUCGCUUAAGACGUGUGCUGGUACCAAAGAGACAAUGGGUAGAAGAGCUACAGGUUAUGUAGCGGCAGCUUUAGAUGGUUCAGUUCACAUCCCACUGCCUAGCCUAAUUGAGUGCAAAAAUAUCCCAAAUGACAAAGACGAGAUUCCCACACCCAGUGCAGCUAGACACCACAGCCAUCUAAAGUCAGUGGCUCACCUCAUUCCUGCCUUGGACUCUAACGCCCCCAUACUAAUGCUACUUGGACGGGAUGUCAUUAGAGCUCACAAAGUUCGCAAACAGAUAAGUGGUCCUAACAACGCACCCUAUGCUCAAAAAUUGGACCUAGGAUGGGUCAUAGUAGGAAACGUGUGUUUAGGUGACGUCCACAAAACUCCUGCAGUGAGGACUCUGUUCACAAAUGCAACUGAAAGGGGACGUCCCACAGCAUUCGAACCAUGUCCUAAUGUUUUCAACAUAAAAGAGAAACAUUGUAGGAUACAAGUUCCACUCAACUUCAGCCCCCAGCUGGCAGACAGUGCUUGUGAACCUGAUCAUUUAGGAUGUAAUGUGUUCAAACAAACCAGAAAUGACAACUACAUCUCACCUUCCAUCCAGGACAAUGCCUUCUUAAAAAUAAUGGAGGAAGGACUAACAAAAGACACAGAUAACAGUUGGACAGCUCCUUUACCAUUUAAAAAUCCACGCCGAAAGCUCCCUAACAACAGACCACAGGCCCUGAAUCGCCUAAUGUCUCUUCUUCGCACCUUUGAAAAGAAGAAAGAGAUGAAGGAACAUUUCAUCACUUUCAUGGACAAAAUAUUCCAAAACAAACAUGCAGAGAUUGCCCCUACACUAAAAGAGGAUGAGGAAUGUUGGUAUCUGCCACUAUUCGGUGUCUACCAUCCCCGUAAACCCAUGCAGAUCAGGGUCGUCUUCGACAGCAGCGCCAAGUAUGAAGGCGUAUCCCUGAAUGACGUUCUGUUAACAGGACCAGAUUUUAAUAACUCAUUGCUUGGGGUCCUAAUACGCUUCAGAAAAGAAGCCGUCGCCUUCACAGCAGACAUCGAACAGAUGUUUUACUGUUUCAACGUGCGAGAGCAAGACAGGAACUACUUACGCUUCUUGUGGUUCCGUGACAACGACAUUUCCAAAGAAGUUGUGGAGUACAGAAUGACGGUCCACGUCUUUGGGAACAGCCCAUCGCCAGCAGUAGCCAUAUAUGGCCUGCACCAGUCUGUUCAACGCGUUGAACCAGACUGCGAUGCAGAUGUGAAGCAGUUUGUCAUGCGCGACUUCUACGUCGAUGACGGACUCAAAUCUCUACCUACUGUUGAGAAGGCCAUAUCUCUACUCCAAAGAACCCAAGAUGCACUUGCAAACUCAAAUUUAAGACUGCAUAAAAUAGCAUCAAACAGAAAGGAAGUACUAGAGGCAUUCUCGACUCAAGAUCAUGCCAAAAAUCUAAAAAACCUAGACUUCGAAAGUAAUUCAGUGCCCAUGCAGCGUAGCCUAGGUCUCCUCUGGGACCUAAGUAAAGACCGCUUCACCUUUGAAGUAUCUGAUGAGUCAAAACCCUUUACCAGACGAGGUGUUCUAUCAACAAUAAACAGCCUCUAUGAUCCGCUGGGCUUUGUAGCACCAGUCACCAUACAGGGGAAGUCAAUUCUACGUGAACUUAAAGCUGAAAAUGGGGACUGGGAUGCUCCACUCCCUCCCGAAAUGGAAGAGUCUUGGACACAGUGGAAAGACUCACUCAAAGACCUGCCUAACAUGACUAUUCCCAGAGCAUACACAGACAUUUCCCCUUCAACAGCCGCGAAAAAAGAAUUGUGUGUUUUUUCAGACGCAUCUACCAAAGCCAUAGCUGCAGUGGCCUAUUUAAAAGUGACAGAUGCAGAAGGACACAGUCAAGUAGGCUUUGUAAUGGGCAAGGCUAAGCUAGCACCACGCCCAGAUCAGACUAUUCCAAGAUUGGAGCUUAGUGCUGCCGUUUUAGCGGUUGAGCUCGCAGAUCUUAUCUCAGACGAACUUGACUGUAAACUAGAUCACACUACUUUCUACACAGACAGUAAAGUAGUCCUGGGUUACAUCUACAACGAGUCUAGAAGAUUUUAUGUCUAUGUCAGUAAUCGUGUGACUAGAAUCCGCAGAUCUUCUCAGCCAUGCCAGUGGCACUAUGUAGCUAGCAGUCAGAACCCUGCAGAUCACGCCACUCGUUCUGUUCCUGCAUUCCAGCUGCCGCUUAGUAACUGGCUCACUGGCCCUGACCUUUUGCAUCAGAUUCGGAGUUCUCUAAAUGACUCCUAUGACCUUGUAGAGCCCAGCAUGGACUCAGAUGUAAGACCUCAGGUAACUGCACUCAAAACAACAGCCUCAACUAAAGAACUGGGCUCAGAUAGAUUCUACCUGGAAAUCCCUCACACGUGCUCUUUCUAGACUAAUACAUGUAAUCCACAACUUCAAAUCACCACCAGGCAAAGCCAAUCACUGUAAUGGCUGGCAUUACUGUGAAACGGGACUUACUGUGGAUGAGUUAAACCAAGCUCAGAACCUUGUCAUUCGAGCAGUACAGCAGGACGUGUAUGCUGAAGAAAUCAAGUGUGUGCAAAAACAUGGAAAACUACCCAAAACCAGUCAUCUCAAAACUUUAGACCCCUAUCUGGACAAAGAAGGACUCCUUAGAGUAGGUGGUCGCAUCAGAGACUCAAACAUUAGCCAAGGUGAGAAAAACCCUCUCAUAGUUCCUGGCCACCACCAUGUUGCAGCGCUUCUCAUAAAGCACUACCACGAGCAGACCCAGCAUCAAGGUCGCCUUUUCACAGAAGGAGCCGUUCGCUCCGCAGGAUGGUGAGCACAAUCAUCUAUCAUUGUGUUACCUGCAAAAGACUUCGUGCCCCUUUGAGCACACAGAAAAUGUCAAACCUCCCUCCAGACCGUCUCACAACAGAUCCCCCGUUCACGAAUGUGGGCUUAGACGUGUUUGGUCCGUGGUUUGUGUCUUCACGACGUACAAGAGGAAGCGUCAUCCAGAAUAAAAGCUUUGCUUCCCGAUCGUGCUGCACAGUCUGCACAUGCUGGCCGGCUCCCCCAAGCUGAGAGCAGUGGGACUGCGCCUCAUGACCGCUCUGUGGA